GUUUACUAUUUACAAACGAUACGAAACUACAAGUUAUUCCAGGUAUUUACACUGAGUUUACUUAGCAUUCUUCGCAGAGAUGCUGCAUUUUAUCAGUUUGCUAUGAUCCCUAGAUCGUAAAUUUUAAGAAGAAGUGCUUUGUAUGCCGAAAAAGCCUCGAAGUUUCUCGCUGUAUCGCAGAAACUAAGCAACUAUAUUCGACCACGAUGCCUAUUUUAUCAGAUACAUCUCGAGCAGUGGAAAUUUUGGAUGGCUUUCAACAGAAGCUCAAAUCCCAAGGAGACACUGAUAAUGACGAGGAACUCGAGCGAAUCAAACAGAUGUUGGAAAGUCCUCUGUUUCGUCAGCUUUUGGUCAUACAACAGUCUGUGAGAGAGCUAAAUAAACAGCUAAAACAUAUACCUCCUGGAGCUGUUCAAGACUUUGAGUUCUCUCCAACAGGAGAACUGGUAUUUCCACACCAUUCUACAUCAGAAGGAGAAGAAACCACAAUAAGAAAUGAACCAANUAUAUAUAUAUAUAUAGUGCCUUCUGGACUGCUUGACGGGCGUCUACGAAGUGGUGAUCACAUUCUUCAAAUUGGUGAAGUUAAUGUUGGUGGCAUGGGUAGUGAACAGGUAGCUCAGGUGUUGCGUAAAGUGGGACAACACGUCAAACUUGUUAUUGCCAGACUGGUGACUGAUGAGUCCAAUGUUGAUGCUUCCUCCAGAGAAGAGGAAAUCAGGGAUGUACCUGUAGAAACAUUUGAUGUUGAACUUGUGAAAGACAGCAGAGGCUUGGGUAUUACCAUUGCAGGAUAUGUUGAACAGUCUCCAGAAACGGACUUAACCACCUUAGUAAUUAUUACAAUUUUUGCAGAUGGUUCUCUGCCAUGGCACAGAGUACAUGCUGUCAGUCCUGAGGGUCCUGUGGGAAAGAAUGGAAUUGUUCAACCUGGUGAUCAUCUAGUGGAGGUGAAUGGUGUCAGUGUCCUUGAGUUAAGUCAUUCAGAAGUUGUUGCACUGAUUCAAGGAUUGCCAAUGGACUUUCGAUUGGUAGUUGCUAGGAAACGUGACUUGACAGAGGAUGAACCAAUCACAGCAGAGGCUGAGUUGGACAUGGAAAGCCCACCAAAUGAGAGUCGGAGACCAGAUGAUGGAUAUGUUGACAUGGAUAUAACGACUCCAAGCCCCAUGCUGUCUGCCUUGCCUGAUAGCCCAAGUCCCACUGGGUUCAAUGAAUCCACUAUGUCGCAGUCCAUGUGGACUGAGGAGAUUGAGUAUGUGGAUCUGGAAAAAGGGGAUAGAGGACUGGGAUUUAGUAUCUUGGAUUACAAGGAUCCAGUCUCCCCUGAGAAGACCGUGAUUGUGAUCCGGAGCCUGGUACCUGGAGGUGUGGCAGAUCAAGAUGGCCGCCUGAAGCCAGUGGACCGUCUAAUGUCUGUUAACGAUACCAACCUGGAACAUUCCUCACUCAGUUUUGCUGUUGAGACACUCAAAGGAACGCCAAAAGGUAAAGUUAGAAUUGGUGUGGCCAGGCCAAUACCUUUGCCUGAUGACGAUGAAGAAUACGAGGAGAGCCCACCAGACACUGCGAGAUACAAUGACCAACAGGCCGCCCUGAUGGGUGAUAUUGAAGUUGAAAAGGAGAGUGAUAACGAGUCUAGUGGUAGCGAAAGUGAACAGUCAUCAAAGUUUGACUUUGGACCGCCGCUGUUGUUUUCAGGAGACUCCAUUGAUAUGGACAGUUUACCUGAUAAUAUUAAAUCAAGAAUUGAGACUAUCACUAUUCGAAGACAGAUGGUUGGAAAACUGGGUAAGUGGAUUGUUUGUGACUCGGGUUUUCAGUUGGAGAAUGAUGCCCUGUUCACAUUACGCCGGAGGAAUUUGAAAACGGAUCUUUGUCUCUUCUCUUACAAGGUGGAGCCCAGUAGUGUGACGGUGACCAGUGCCAGGCCCUCGGCCGAGGCAGGUAGUUUACCUUCAGAUGAGUCGCUCAGAAAAGACAUUCCAAUCCCCGCCAAAAAUCUGACAGCUGACGAGUUGGAGGAACCAAUCACAACCGUUGUCAAGACUGACGGUGUGCAAGCUGAGAUUGAGAGCAAGCUGAUAAAUCUACCACCUCGUUUUAAUGUGGUCAGGAGCGAAGAGGAUAGAAAACGACAACUAAGGAUAAAAUACCCGGAUGUUACUGGCGACUUUAUUUUCGCGGAUCUCGUGAAAGGAGGCACAGGAUUAGGUUUGAGUAUCGCGGGCGGCAAAGGCGCAGCGGCAAAUCGCAUUUUUGUGGUGGACGUCAAGCCAGGCGGGCCAGCGGAGAGGAAUGGAAAAAUCCAACAAGCUGACGAGAUCCUGGAGGUUAAUGAAGUCUCCAUUAGAGGGUUAACUCAUUACGAGGCCUCCGCAAUCCUGAAGAACACCCCACCAGAUGUUCAACUUGUGUUAGGUCGGUCACAAGAAGCCGCUGAUUUCCUUAGUCGAUCCAGGACACCGCCGGCUCAAGAAUCUCCCAGAGGCCAUCAGUGGUUCGAACCCGAACUGAAACCACUUAAUAUUCGCACCGUCGAGUCGUCACCCUCAGCACAACGAAGAGAGACCGGAAGUCCCAGACGGUCAAGUCCUAGCCCUAGUUCCAGUCCUCCACCGGUUGCAGAGGGUAUCGCUGUUUCACCCACGCUUUUGAAGGAACUCUCGGGGGGUCAGAAGGUUGAGGUUAUUGACUUUGUUAAGAGUGCGACCGGUCUUGGAUUCGCUGUAGUAGAAGGCCCAGGAUUUGGUGAGGGCGAGACGGGCAUUUAUGUGAAGGACAUCACUGAGGGAGGCCCUGCUCAAAAGGACGGCCGACUUAGAAAAGGAGAUCAACUGAUCGCAGUGGACAAUCAGCCCAUAGUGGGACUGACUCAUGCUGAGGCCGUUGUUAUAUUGAAGAGAACCAAGGGGAAAGUGUCACUUGUGGUUGCUAGGAAACAGGCACUUGUCGGAAGUCCACCUGCUUCCGAUAAACCAACAUCCUCCAGUGUUUCCCCGAGGAGGGAGACCGGAAGUCCUCGUGUUCACAAGAAAGGACCUCCUGUUGCCAAGAAACCAGUCAGGGGAUCUAUAUCAGAACCAGAAAAACCCGAAAGUCCGAGGAAAGCAGAGAGUCUUCAGUGGUCAAAAAAGGCCUAUGAGAGUUUGCCAAGCGUAAGUGCGCUGACCGGAAGUUUGCCGACCGGAAGUGCGCCGACAGGAAGUCCUGUGGCAUCGGGAAGUGAACCAGUACAACCGCAAGCUUUUGAGCCUGUAGUUCAGAUUGUCCAGCAGUCUCCCAGAGAAGCAGCACCUGCUUCGCCGACAUUAACCCCGCCCCCAGAUCCCCGCACUACACCGAUCAUUCCCGGUCAAGAAUGUGUGAUAGAAAUUCCUAAAGGCAACACAGGCCUCGGGCUGAGUAUAGUUGGCGGCGCAGAUACGCUGCUGGGCGCCAUCGUCAUCCAUGAAGUGUAUGAAGAUGGGGCGGCGGCUAAAGAUGGCAGACUUUGGGCUGGCGAUCAAAUUCUAGAAGUGAAUCAUGUCGAUCUACGCGAGGCAACACAUGACAUGGCCAUCACAGCUCUCAGACAGACUCCAGCUGUUGUUCGGCUGAUUGUUCUCAGGGACGAGUCCCAGUUUAAAGAUGAAGAAGCCUUUGAGUACCUCACGUUAGACUUAAACAAGGUUCCUGGGCAGGGACUGGGUUUAAGUAUUGUUGGAAGAAGGAAUGACACAGGAGUAUUCGUUUCAGACGUGGUCAAAGGAGGCAUCGCAGAGGCUGACGGUCGUCUUCUUGCUGGUGACCAGAUCCUCUCGGUAAAUGGCGAAGAUCUCAAGAACGCUACUCAAGAUAUAGCUGCUGCUGUACUGAAGCGCACCACCGGUCGUGUCAUUCUUGAAGUUGCUCGCCUGAAGCACGGCACCAGUUCCCGGCCGUCCUCAAUGAGCAGUUUGCCCAACAUAUAUCCUGGGACCGAAUCAAUGAGCAGCAUGGAAAAUAUCUCGGUCCAUGUGCCACUCGACCCAGAACAACCGGAAGUUGGUCCCGAUCCCUCAUCCGUUAACAGUCUUCCUCCGACAGGUUUCUCUCCGACUUCCUCCAUGGCGCAGGAAAAUGUUGAAUUUGUUCAGUCCGAUGAAGAAGGAGAUGAGGCACCUCUUGAACCGAAAAUUAUCGAGCUAGAACGAGGACCCGAGGGCCUGGGAUUCAGUAUCGUGGGCGGGCAUGGGAGUCCCCAUGGCGACCUGCCAAUCUACGUCAAAACUGUCUUCCCGACUGGCGCUGCGGCCCGUGAUGGACGACUGAAACGUGGUGAUCAGAUUAUAGCUGUGAAUGGAGAGAGCCUCGUGGGAGUCGCGCACGAGUCUGCAGUGUCUAUGUUGAAGAGAACCAAGGGAAGAAUUAUUCUUACAGUGCUUUCAUAAAGUCAUUGGAAUUCAACAGGGAGUGCAAUCUGUGUUGCAAAGCGACAGUGACUGCAUGGGCACCAUGUGCUUAUUUCGCCGUCAAAAGCCUCGGUGCAAACAAAUUGUGUUAAUUCAUAUAGCCAGCGAAACAAAUCUGUUUUAAGUUAAUAUGAUGCUGUUUUUCAUUCUUUCGAAAUAGCGACAACUUUGUUGGCGUUUUCGUUAUCAUUGAAGAUUUCGGUUUUGUAAUGUACCUGUAGAAUUGUAAAGGAUCUGUUGUCAUGUCAUGAAUUAUACCCCCACUGGUUUAAUAGUAAAAAGGCUUUGCGUAAGGAAGCCAAGAGCGCGAUUUUAGGUUUUUGUAUUAUUUUAUACUAUAAUUGGAGUUAAUUCAAUAGCCAGUUGACUAUUUUACCAGUAAACUAAUUGGAAAUUAUAUAGAUUAAAAGAAGCCACACACGCUUUUUGCGGGCUGAACCACCUCUUUUGAUGUUGUAGGAACACUCAAAAGGCUUGCAAUCGUUUCUUUAUCCCAUAAAACGUAAGUGGUUGAUGAAACAUUGAUUCAUUUAGGAACGUGCUAAUCGUUGAUUCCCAGUGGAAAUAACAAAUCACGAAUUUGUACUGCCAAGAGAGUAAAAAGCAAUUUAUUAAAAAAAAAGUUUCUCAAACAUUGUA